AUGUGCCACUCCAGCUGCUCCUCUGGCUGCCUGCCCGCCUGCUGUGUGCCAGUGACCUGCCGGUCCACCACCGUGUGCGUGCCCGUGCGGUGCCAGGUGCCCUGCUGCGUGCCCAUGAGCUGCAGGCCCAUCGUGUGCGUGGCCCCCUCCUGCCAGGCCUCUGCAUGCGUGCCCGUGAGCUGCAGGCCCGUCGUGUGCGUGGCCCCCUCCUGCCAGGCCUCCACAUGCGUGCCCGUGAGUUGCAGGCCUGUCUCCUGCAGUACACCCGCCUGCUGCUGA